UCUGUUGUCUUCGGCUCAGCUGAUCGGCUCCUCCCGGGACGUGUGGCUGCGGCGUGCGGGAUUUUCUUCACCUUUUUUUCGGGUUUUCUGGAGAUGGAAGGCGUGUGGAGGCGAGACUGAUUGGUUGGGUUAGUCUUUGGAAGAUUGGUGAUUCGUCGUUCGGUGGAAGAAGAGGAUUUGGAGUGGAUUAUAAGAAGCAAAAAUGGCCAUGGCAGCGAAGCACCGGGCAUCUGCCCUCAAGCAACAGAACAAGAAGCAUAAAGUCCUGGGGCAUCGCACUAAAGGACAGCUCACUAAAGUCAACAAAGGCAGAGUAGCCAUCACUGCCCAAAGCAGGAGAGCCAAGAAAGAGAUGAGUCGGGAACAGAGGAAGAACCAGAUGAAGCAGCUCCGAUCACAGAAGAGGGAAGAAGCCAUGUCGCAAAAGCGUGCCGUCGGGACAGCGAACAACCCUCCCUUCCUGGUCACCAUCGUGCCACUCAGCCCAGACAUCAACCCUAGGAAGAUCAUAAGUGCCCUGACCUCCUGUGACCCAGAAGCCACCACCACCACCAGCGCCCAGGGCAUUGUGCAUCUCAGUUCCAUGCGCUACAAGCAGAGAUUUUCUUUCCUUAUUCCCCCAGUGAACGACUUGUACGCCAUUCUGGAUAGUGUAAAAGUUAGCAACACACUUAUGCUGCUGUGGCCAGCCCGUGAUGAAGUGGAGGAUGCGGCUGAACUUGUGUUGUCAUCCAUCAAGGCCCAAGCUUUACCUGCGACCAUACACAUCGCUGCGUCUAUGGAUGACAUGGCUCAAAAGGCAACAUCCAGUGUCCCGGAGGAGAUGGACACACACAGUUUAGACGAGGAGCUUAGUUCUCGUCUUGUCCUGGGACCAUCCCCGGCAAAAAAGCCCAAUAGAAAAGUGCAGAUGAGACAGCGUUUAGUCAAGGAGAUUGAGUCAAGGUUUCCUGGAAAUGCCAAGCUCUUCACGGUAGAAAACGACCAAGAAGCAAUGUUGGUUCUGCGGCACAUUGGCUCACAGAAGCAGCGCCCCAUCUUCUUCAAGGACAACCGACCACACAUGAUGGCUGAGAAGGUCGAGUUUGAAGAGAAGGGUCCAACAGGAACUUUGAAGGUGUAUGGAUAUGUGCGAGGACAACCGCUGUCGGUGAAUGGCCUAGUCCACGUACCAGGAUGGGGAGAUUUCCAAAUGAGUCACACUUACUUGUUAGAGGACCCCCAUCCACUGGAGCGCAGAGGCAAGAACGCCGCUAUGACAAAUGAUGAACCACAGCUGAUUGACGAGGCUAAUCCUGAGACCCGAGAAACACUCAUAUCAACGAAUGAGAUUGAUCCUAUGGAAGGAGAACAGACUUGGCCAACCCAAGAGGAGCUCGAAGAAGCGGAGGAUAACAUUAAGCCAAAGCCAAGGACGAAGAGAGUGCCCAAGGGAACGUCAGAGUAUCAGGCAGCGUGGAUUCUAGACAGCGAAGAAGAUGACGAUGGUGAUGAAGAUGAAGACGACAUUGACAGUCAAAUGGACAACAGUGAAUUUGCCCCUGUCGAUGCCAUGUCUCAGGAUGGUUGCGAGCAGGAAGAGGAAGAGGAGGAAGAUGAAGAAGAAUAUGAGACCAUGACCUUGCCAGACCCCGAGGGUGCAAACUAUGAUGAUAAAUAUGACUACAAGGAGGAUAUGGAUGCCUUAGAAAAAUUAAGAGCUGCUCGUGAAGACGCAGAGUUCCCGGAUGAGAUUGACACGCCAAGGGACAUCUCCAGUAGAAUACGUUUCCAAAAAUACAGAGGUCUCCAGAGCUUCCGCACAUCAGCCUGGGACCCAGAUGAAAACCUCCCUGUUGAUUAUUCAAGAAUAUUCCAGUUCAAAAAUUUCGUCCACUCAAAAAAGAGAAUAAUGAAAGAAGACAGAGAAGGAGCCCUGCCUGGUUGGUAUAUCAUUGUCCACAUCCAAGACGUCCCCCGACACCUGUACGACAGCCAAGUCACCAGCCAAGCGCCUUUGGUCAUCUUCGGUCUCCUUCCCCACGAGCAGAAGAUGUCUGUCAUGAACAUUGUCAUCAAGUCACACUCCUUAGGCCAUUACCGGCCCAUUAGGUCAAAAGAGCGCCUCAUUUUCCAUGUUGGUUUCAGAAGAUUUGCCAAUAGCCCCAUCUUUAGUGAACACUCUACUGGCAACAAACACAAAUUUGCCAGAUACUUCCAUCCAGGAACAACAGUGGUAGCAAGUAUGUUUGCUCCAAUCACAUUCCCUCCAGUGUCUGUGCUGAUGUUUAGGGAGAGACCAGAUGGCGCACAGGAUUUGGUAGGGACAGGUUCAUUAUAUGACAUGAACCCCAAAAGGAUAGUUGUCAAGAGAGUGGUACUCAGUGGUUUUCCAUUCAAGAUUAACCGCAAGAGUGCUGUCAUCCGGCACAUGUUCUACAACCGAGAGGACAUCCUGUGGUUUAAGCCAGUCGAGCUUAGAACAAAGUGGGGAAGACGAGGCCAUAUCAAGGAACCCCUAGGUACUCAUGGCCACAUGAAGUGUUACUUUGAUGGGCAGCUGAAGGCCCAGGACACGAUAUUGCUGAACCUAUACAAACGAAUGUUCCCCAAGUGGACAUUUGAUCCACAUGCUGCCCGACCUCCACCCCUCUACACUUUUAAGUCGUCAGGCAACGCAGCUGAUUCGAGUGAUGAAGAGAAUGAGGAAAAUCAGCCUGCAAAGAAGGCCAGAGUAGUUCAGUUUCAUAAUUCAGGCCUUUAAUCCGUCGGUGUUAUAGAACCUAUGGAACGCUAUGUAAUUUAUUAAUUAUAGAGAUCGGGUGAAAGUCACUUUAGACUGAAAGCAAGUCAAGCUUCUCAAUUAACAGUUUAUGGGACAGCUUAAAUUUGCCUCAAAUAUUUAGGAUCAGAUUGCAUGGUUAUAUUAAUUGAUUUAUUUUUCAGAUUGUUGAAAUCUCACUUUUUCCAUUAUUGUUAUUUAGAGUUUUUAUGUUUGUCAUAUUAUCUCUUGUAAAAUUAUCUUAUCUGUCCUAUGCUCAUUUUCUGUCGUAAUAAAUAUUUAUGACAUUUCUAAUGAAAUCCA